AUGGGGACCUCAGGGCGCGUCACGGACGCGGCUAAUGUUCUGGUUCAGGUCGGCUUCAGACCACAGAGCACGGUCCCGGUGUCUUGCUCGGUAGAGAAGCGGGAGAGUCUCCUGGGUCCUGCCCUGGGAGUGGUGACCAGAGCUGAUGAGGAGAAGCCGCAGCCAUGUACAGAUUCUGUCCCAGAGUGUCAUCACAUCCCUUCCUCAGCAGAGAGCUCAGCCACAAACAUGCAGGCACAGGUGCACGCUGCAUGCAUGCCACCUCCCGCAUUUCCAAGGUUGGCCUCUCCGGCGAACCCCACGCCUCCAAUCCCCAUUCCCCACAUGCCCCCAGAGGCUGCCUCCGGCGUUCUGUUGAUCCCACGGCGAGCUUCUGCUGGCAUACACAUAUCCCCAGGCAUGUUUAGUCAUCCAGGACCCCCUGCAUCCCGCCCAGAGAAGCCAACUGCGCUUCCAGCAACAUGGGAUGGGGGGAUGCCUACACGCCACAUUUAUGGCUCUAGCCCCCUUUCCAGCGAAACGUCGUCCCCAGGCUGCAGGCUCAAAGGACGCAAGUCUUCGCUGGCGAACUCGUCAGGAGCGUCCAUGGGCAGCGUGAAGAUGUGGCCAGGGAUCACAAAGAAGAGUGGGAAGACGAGGUUUCGGGGAGUGCGGCAGAGGCCCUGGGGGAAAUUCGCAGCAGAGAUCAGGGACCCCUCGCGAAGCUCCAGGGUGUGGCUGGGCACGUUUGACACUGCCGAGGAGGCAGCCUUGGCCUACGACAAGGCUGCCAGAGACAUCAGGGGCGACAGGGCAAUAUGCAACUUCUCAAAAGGUGCAGCCCCUGGCACAGCUGCAGAUGCGGGCCCUGCCUCGGAGUGCACCACAAAUCCUGUGGAGGACUCCGCCAGCUCGAGGAGAGGGGAGAAGACAAGGGCAGGCCGGGGGAGGCGAGCCUCCAGGAAGGGUGUUGUGGUGAGAAAGCGGGUGCCAGCCCGGGGACGGCACUCAGGGGAUGAGGGGUUCGAUGUGGAGCUUUCUGAUUCCGAUGAAGACCUGGCGGAGAUGGCAGACACGCUGUUGAUGCUGCACGAAUGUUGA